UUGUAGGCUAGAUGAACAAAUCUUCUUCCAUUUCUAAUGGAAUGCACCCCUUUUCGCCCUAAUAAUCAGUUAUCCCGUCUUUGCAGCAGCAGCCUUAUGAUUCUACAAAAGCUGAAGCGUUUAAGUCGGUGUGCCCCCGUUUCAAUAACUAGCAGAUUUGGUGUAGGUAAGAUCUGUUUCAAUAGACAGCAGCAAUAGAAACCGUUUAUGGCAGCAUGCAACACGGGACUUGGAUGGUUUCCUCCAUGUUUUUGUUGAUUGCUGUGACACUUGUUUAUAUUAAUGAGAAAGGCACCCCACACAGAAGCAUGGAUGAAAUUCUUCCCCUGGUAAAGAGUAUAGUUCCUCCAUUAACUUCCAAAAAGCACAAAGGCCAGGACGGUCGAAUAGGGAUUAUCGGAGGUUGUCAAGAGUACACAGGUGCGCCAUAUUUUGCUGCCAUCUCUGCACUCAAAGUGGGGGCUGACCUGUCUCAUGUAUUCUGCUCCAAAGAUGCUGCCACUGUCAUCAAAUCCUACAGCCCAGAGCUCAUAGUCCACCCUGUCCUAGACAGUCCCAAUGUUGUGGAGGAGAUUGAGAAGUGGCUUCCCAGAUUACAUGCCCUGGUGGUGGGCCCAGGGCUGGGGAGGGAUCCCAUGUUGUUAAGCGCUGCCAGGGAAGUUAUAGAAAAGUCCAAGGCAAGAGAUAUCCCCAUAAUCAUCGAUGCAGAUGGACUGUGGCUGGUGACUGAGUAUCCGUCUGUGAUCCAUGGUUACCAGAAGGGCAUUCUCACACCCAACUACAUGGAGUUUACCAGGCUGUACGAGACUAUGAUCCAUCAGCCCCUCAACGGCAGUGAUCUUCUGUUGACUGCCAGGCAACUCAGUGUUGCUAUGGGCAACCUCACAGUGGUGCUGAAAGGAGAGGAGGAUCUCAUCACAGACGGCAGCCAGGUGAUUUCAUGCAGCCAGGAGGGCAGUGGGAGGAGGUGUGGGGGCCAAGGGGACCUCUUAUCCGGGUCACUGGGUGUGCUGGCACACUGGGCCUACGCCAAUUCUGCAAACCUUUCCACAAGCAGCAGAUUCAGCCCUUCUCUUGUUGCAGCAUGGGGGGCCACUACUCUGACCAGGCAGUGUAACAGACAGGCCUUCCUCAAACAUGGACGUUCCACCACCACCUCGGACAUGUUGCAGGAAAUCAGCCCAGCCUUUAGAGUUCUCUUUGAGGGAGAGUACUGAGCGUCCGGUGUACAUACUGUAAAGUCUCACAUUUAUACGUCCAUACACUGCACAACAAACACACACUCACCUUCUAUGGGAACUCUAAACUCUUUCUCGCUGUUCAGAUAAUAGGAUAGGAUUAGGCCCGUCUUCAUCAGAAAAAGUGGUACGUUGUUUAAAUUAACAAUAUAAGCCACAGCUCUUGCAUGUAAUCCAGAGCAAGUUUCUGUUUUUUGUUUUGUUUAUAUAAUUGAAAUUAACAAAAUAAAGCUAUUUUCCUGCUA